CAUAUUUCACACUGACAUCGUGAGGCCAGGCAAACGGCACUAGAGGUCUGGUCACUGCAUGGUCUUUGCAGAUGGAUAUAGCGGGGAUUUAAAUCGGAAGGAAAACAACACAGAUUAGAUCGUCGGUUUGAGAUUAUGGGAAGGCGGAACUCGCUGUUUUUCUCAGGUUAGACUGGAUCUGGUGCAUUGUGCGCUUGGGAGGUUACUUUUUCAUCAGCUACACGGACCUCCCAUGCCUUUUUCGAGAGACGAAAGCAGAAACGACGCUGCAAUGAAUAAGAAAAAUAUUAGUUAGUUAGCUAUAUCUGCUUAUGAAAUUCUGAAACAAUGCAAAAAAACUUAACUAAAGUGGUUAACUAGCUAAGUAAUUUACGAUUAAUUUGACCAGAUAGAUAAGAUAAGAGGGAAUAGUGGCGAUAUUAGUAAUGUUAAUCAACUAGCUAGCUUGCUAGCUCAGCUGAGCUGGGGCCAGGGAUGAUCUUACGGAAGUAGCUAGUGAGCCGACUGUGUAUUUAAUUUUGCAAGGAGAAAAAAGAGGAGUUCUACCCGUUUUUAAGUGUGUUUCGUAAAAGCAAAGAUAGCAGACCUUGUUUGCUGCAACCACGGGGCGGAAUAUUGACCUGUGGAAGUAAAAGGAAGCUGGCUGGCUAGCUUGAUUAGCUGUACCCUGCAGGGAGAGAGGAGGAAUUUUACCCACAGGCUGAGUUUUGUUUCUCCGGUCCGGAACAUUAGCUAACUUAUGUUUCCAAGAUCACUGCACGCCGACAAAGGUAUUACUUCGUCUCUGUGUUUUGGUAUGGACAAGCAGCAAAACAAAAGCAAAUGGCUAGUCGGCUAGCUAGUUCAAACACAGUAGAACGCGAUUUUAAUUACAGAGGGCAAUGUUAACUAGUUAUCGAGCGGAAUGACUGUCAGUAUGAUCUAAUGAUCAGAACGUGGACACUUUUUAGUUGACCAAGCAAAGGUUUGUUUCUGACUUUUAAGCCCUUUGGCAAACUGUUAGAUAGCCAGUUGCUACCAAGAGAGAAGGGAGGAAAAAAAGGACUGAGUUGGAGAAACCCAAGAGGAAAUGCCAAUCGCUGCUGCGGGUCAGCCGACAGCACAGGAACCUUGCGUCUAUUCGCAGCUGCCCGCUGUUCCCAGCACCGUCCCGAAACGGACCGCUAGAUGUGAAGACACGGGCUUUCCGUCUCAUCAGCAGGCCGAUUACGGGGGCGCGGAGGGGGAUAGGGGAACGGGCAGGCACGGUCACGCCGGGAGACUUUCGCUAGCGCCCGGGUCGUCUUCUCAGUCGCAGUCCCCUGCUGUUCACUCCCCCUUCGCCACUUCCAGCAGCCACCCCCAACACCCGGCCAUGGACCCUCCGAGGACUCGAUCGCGGUCGCGGUCUGGAUAUUACCAGUACAGCGUGAACAGUGGGGGUAACGGUAAUAGCAGCAUGAACAGCGGCAGUAUUAACAUGACUGGUGCCCACCACCAACAGCACAACCCUGGACGCCUGCCACUUGGAGCACAUAGUCCAACAGAGAACCACCGUACCCCAGGACACAACCUGCCGGUGGGGACACAUCGACAUGCAGGCCCCGGAGCACACAGACACCUCGUUUCAGGAGGAAUUGGGGCCGCCUUCCACUGCCAUCCGGACCACGCCUGCAGCGAGGAGAGCGACAAGAGUGAGGACAGCCCCAGCCCGAAGCGCCAGCGUCUGUCCCAGCACUCUGUCCUGGAGCUCACCUCGGCCCCCCCAUCCACGCCCUCGCCCCCCAUGCGCCCCUGGGAGCUGCCGCCCAGUCGCCGGCCGCACCACCACGCCCACCCGCACUACCCCCCCGAGCGCUGCCACACCCCCGCACGCAACCGCCGCAGCCCCCCCGUAAGGCGCCAGCGGGCUCGCCGAGAGCGACUCGGCCGACACCAUCACCCCCACCAUGGCUCCCCGGGAGGGGGGCAGGACGAGAACUACCGGCACCCCCACCAUGCACCCCACCCGCACCAGAGCUACCCCUACGGCCAACCGCCCCCUCCCCCCGGCAUGGAGGAGCCCCGGGCCUUCCACCCACCGACCCUCUCCCCCAGGCUCCUUCACCCCCAGCAGCAGAACGCCAUGGUGGUAGACCUCACAGACCAGCUGCAGCAGGGCACGGUGCCAGUCUCCUAUACGGUGUCGCCGGUGCCCCCCCACGGCCUGCCCCCACCCCUGUGCGCUGGACAGCAGCUGCCCAGCUGUUCCUCACAGCAGCAGGUCCCGGGCUGCUCGGUGGUCUUCAGCGGCCAGCACUACCCCGUCUGCAGCGUGCCCCCGCCUAUGCUGCAGGCGUGCUCCAUGCAGCACCUGCCCGUACCGUACCCCUUCCCCUCGCUGCUGUCCAGCGACCCCCCCUUCCUGCUGCACCCGCCCCACCUCUCGCACCACCCCCCUCACCUGCCCCCGCCGGGGCAGUUCGUGCCCUUCCAGGCCCAGCAGUCCCGUUCGCCGCUGCAGAGAAUCGAGAACGAGGUAGAGCUCCUGGGGGAUCACCUCUCCGUGGGCGGGGGGUUCAACUACGCCCACUCGGCGCACCCCAGCUCCCUGCCCCCCUCUACCCAGCUCCAGUUCCUCUCCCACGAGCCCUUGCCCCAGGAGCUCUUCGGAGUGCCGUACCCCCACUUCAUGCCCCGGCGGAUCACAGGACGGCGCUAUCGCUCCCAGCAGCCCCUGCCACCCCCGCCCUACCAUCCCAGCUUCCUGCCGUACUUCCUGUCUAUGCUUCCGGUGCAGCCCACCAUGGGACCAGCCAUCAGCCUGGAGCUGGAUGUGGACGACGGAGAGGUGGAGAACUACGAGGCCCUGUUGAACCUGGCGGAGCGUCUGGGAGAGGCCAAGCCGCGGGGACUGACCAAAGCCGACAUCGAGCAGCUUCCAUCCUACAGGUUCAACCCCAACAACCACCAGUCGGAGCAGACGCUGUGCGUGGUGUGCAUGUGCGACUUCGAGUCCCGCCAGCUGCUGCGCGUCCUGCCCUGCAACCACGAGUUCCACGGCAAGUGUGUGGACAAGUGGCUGAAGGCCAACAGGACGUGUCCCAUCUGCCGGGCGGACGCGUCCGAAGUCCAGCGGGACUCCGAGUGACCAGCAGGUGGCGCUGUCCGGUCCUGCCUGGCCCACUCCGGGCGGUCACACGUGUAUACAGACGUCUGUCCUCCUUCACUCCAUAAUUC